AUAAAUAUAAGAUCAUCCACCAAGUCUAUAGGCUAUACAAGCAUUAUAUGUCCCACCAAACAUGGUGCACUGAUUUUUGUCAAUUUGCUAUGCUUUCAUCCAUCAUGGCCCAAGAAACCUGUUCUUCUUCUUCAUCCCCAUCCUCAUCCUCAUCCAACCAAACAUGGAGUUACGAUGUCUUUGUUAGUUUCCGUGGCGAAGAUACCCGCUACAAGUUUACCGAUCACCUCUUUGCGGCGUUGGACCGGAGUGGGAUUCACAGCUUUCAAGAUAACAGAGAGCUUGAGACGGGGGAAAAUAUAUGGUCCAAGCUUGAGGAGGCAAUCCAGAAGUCCAGGAUUGCCGUUAUAGUGUUCUCAGAAAACUACGCUAAUUCGAAAUGGUGUCUGAGAGAGCUGGCGAAGAUAAUGGAAUGCAGAACUUGCAACAAAUUGUGCUGCCCGUUUUCUACGAGGUUGAUCCUUCCCACAUUCGAAAUCAAAAGGGGAGUUCGGAAAAAGCGUUUGUCAGUUAUGAGAAGCGUUUUGGGGAAGUCGAGGUGAAGAGGUGGAGAGCUGCUUUGAAUGAGGCUGCAAACUUGUCCGGAUGGCACUCGCAAAAGGAAGAACAUCGUUUUGAGUCAAAAUUUAUACGGAAAAUUAUUGAAGACAUUUCCGGCAAACUAAAUGAGUUGGCACACCUUACGGUUGCAUCCCACCCAGUUGGAAUUGAGUCUCGAAUGCAAGAACUCAAUAAGCUAUUAAACAAACAUUCCAGUGAUGUUUGUAUGGUUGGGAUUUGGGGGAUUGGCGGCAUUGGUAAAACAACAAUUGCCAAAGCUAUCUAUAACCAACUACAAAGAAGGUUCGAAUCAAGUUGCUUCCUUGAAAAUGUAGGAGAAAUUGCUAAGCAAUCACAAGGUUUGAUUUAUUUACAGAACCAGAUUCUCUCCAGCGUCCAUGUAAAUGACAAUAGAAAAGUAGAAGUUGUUGAUAAAGGAACUACCGUAAUAAAAAAUAGAGCGUGGUGUAAAAGGGUUCUUGUUGUUCUUGAUGAUGUGGAUCACCAGGACCAAUUAGAUAAACUGGCUAUUAUGCGUGGUCAUUUUCAACCAGGAAGUGUAAUUAUCAUUACAACAAGAGAUAAGUCUAUACUCAAAUUGGAUGAGAUUAAUGAGAUAUAUACGCCGCUAGCACUGGAUUACCAUGAGUCUAUUCAGCUCUUGAGUUGGCAUGCAUUUGGGAAAGACCAACCUAAGGAAAAUUAUGUAGAGUUAUCAAAGGAAGUAAUAUAUUUUGCUAGGGGGCUUCCACUGACACUCAAAGUUUUAGGUUCUUUUUUGUCCGACAUGAGCACAACUGAAUGGAAAGAUGCAUUGAAAAAAUUAAGACUAAUACCUCAUGAUGAAAUUCAAAAGAAGAUAAUGGUGAGUUUUUGUUUACUAAGUGACACGCAGAAAGAGUUGUUUCUAGAUAUUGCAUGCUUCUUUGUUGGAAUGGAAAAAUAUUAUGUAUUCAAAAUACUCCAAGACUCAAAUUCAAUCCUUGAAAGCGAUCUAGGGGUUUUGGCUCGGCGAUGCCUUGUAACAAUUGAAACCUGCUCGAACCGGUUGACAAUGCAUGAUAUCAUCAGAGACAUGGGUAGAGAAGUUGUCCGCAAUAAAUCCCCCAAAUUUCCUGGAAAACGUUGCCGACUAUGGCUUCAUGAGGAUGUCAUUGAUGUACUGCAAUAUCACGGGGGAACAGAUUCUGUUGAAGGCAUUAUGCUAAAUUUGUCCAAGGACCAAAAUUUACAGGUGGAAUCCGGAGCAUUUGUGAAUAUGCAACAGCUAAGAGUGCUUCAACUAAAUUAUGCACAACUUCGGGGGAAUUUUCAAUGUCUUUCUAGGAGGCUAAGAUAUCUGGAAUGGUAUGGGUUCCCUCUUAAAUCCAUACCACCAGACUUGCACAUGGAAAACCUUGUUGCUAUUUACAUGCCUUAUAGUAAGCUGAUAGAACUUUGGAAAGGAACCAAGAUUCUAAGAAAGUUGAAGUUUCUUGAUUUUAGUCAUUCCUCUAACCUAAGGAGAACACCAGAUUUCUCGGAGAUCAUCAAUCUGGAGGUGUUGGUUCUUAAUAAUUGUAAUAGUUUGGUCGAGGUUCACAAGUCUGUUAUAUGUCUCGACAAACUAGUUACUUUCGAUCUUACAUACUGUAAUAACCUUGAGCUUCCCCAAGAGAUUGACGAGUUCAUGAAACGUGUAAACGACAGGGAAACAGGACUUAAACCCAAAUCGCCAUCAAUAAUAAGGCAAGCAUUUCACAUUCUCCCGGGGAAGGAUUACAUCAUUUAUUUUCCGGGGAAGCCAAGGCGGUCCAAUAGUGCAGCAGCUCAUCAUCCUUCUCAGCCACAACCACCUCUGAAGGAGAAAGCUACUUUUGUGGAGGUUGAUGUAAAUGUUCUGAAUACAACCUUUGAAAGGGAACCAGAGGGUUUGGCUCUCCCGUGUAUGAGAGGAGUCGGACAAUUCAAGAUUCAGGAAAUGUUUACUAUCAGCCAUUUGCAUUCCCUAGAGAGAAAACAUGAUUUUUUCUCAAGAUUCACCAAUCUCGCGGUGGAGGAUCUCGUAAACUAUGCAAGACUUCUAGAAAGAACUCAAUUCGGAGCUAGACAUGGUCUCAUGACUGGGACCCCACUCCCACUCCCACGAUUACAACUUCCACCAGGCGUACUAGUUAAGGACCUGAGAAUUCAAAGAUCAUUCCUGAGACCCAUUCUAACAAUGUCAACUGCAAGCAUCGCUCGAUUUCAUUUAUCAGUUGUUAUAAAUUUCAUUGAUGAACUCAAGCUUGAAUCUAGCUCAUGCAGAACACUUCUAAUAAAGCAGCUUUCAAAAGGUUUAGAAGCGAUAUAUGAAAAAUUUGCCACGUUCUUGAAAUGGAUAUUUGUAAAUUACUCUGAACUAUUAAAGGAGAGUUCUACAAAGCUUUUCGAGGAAUUGAUUGCAACCGUCAGUAUUAGCUGCUUCCUAUCUCGGGGUGAGAUUCCAGAGUGGUUUGACAACAUUAGUACGGGAUCAAUUUUAUCUUUUGUUGUUGUACCCCCACCGUUGAAGCAAGAGAUCCAAGGUUGGCUUUUAUGUGUUGUAUUUGCAACCCGAUUUCAUGAUAUUCAUGGAUUUGAUAUCAUAUGUAAAUUCAAAAAUAAUACCAAGGGCAUCGAGUGGCAGUAUGAAAAAAGGAAUUGUCGAGUAAACCCAAGUCAGGAAAAUAUGUGGUUGCACUCUGUACCGCUACAUGACAUUGUAUGGAUGUUGGAAGCUGGGGAUGUAGUGGAGUAUUCAAUACAAGUUAGAGGCAGUUUCCAACUGAAGAAGUUUGGGGUCAAACUGAUUUAUUGGAAUGAUACGGAGUAUUGCCGAUCCAAUUUUAAAGCGAGGAUCCAGAAUGUACCCGUGCCCCAUACGGAUGAUUUUCUUGAUGCAGUUGCUUCAAUAGAUCAAGCACUAUUGGCUGGUGAUAAGAAAAUCAACAUUUUCUAUUUACAGGAUCAACCUUCCGAUUGGGGACGUGGUUUACCCUACUUCCAUGAAAAUCUGCAAGGGACUAUGUUCUUUGAGAACAGGGCUCCCUAGACAGGAAUUUUCUUUUCUUUUGGUGAGUUGAGGGCAUAAGAUGUAGAAAGAUUUUUUUUUU